AUGAAAAAGACCAAAAAAUUAUCGGACUUCGGCAUUACCGAAGUCCGGCCAAAGAGGGAUAUCACCGGAGAGCUCAUUAUUGAAAUUCCCGGAGAAGACAGCAAAGAAAAAGCAGACCGGCUUUGCGUCGCAAUGUCCGCUUUGGCUUCGGCAUCCGACGUGCGAGUCGCGAGACCAGUAAAGACCGUCGAGUUGCGGGUCAAAGGCCUCGACGAUUUCGUUACCCCGGAAGAAGUUAAGGAGGCGGUGGUAGCCACUGGGAGUUGUCGGCCAACGGAUGUGAAAGUUGGCCGAGCUCGCGCUUCUCCCAGUAGACUACUAACCGCCUGGGUACAGUGUCCGGUGUCCGCGGCCAAGAAGAUCGCGGACGCCGGCGCCCUUCGGGUGGGGUGGGUGCGUGCGCCAAUUGAAGUAUUGGAGCGCAGGCCCAUGCAGUGCCACCAGUGUCUUCGGCGCGGACACGUCAUGGCGACGUGCACUUAUACCACGCCGGAAAAGGACAGGAGGGGCCGGUGUUAG